AUGUCGAAUCUGUGCAACCCAUAUUGGCGGACUGCCACAUACAGCUUUUACCGAUACGAACCGUCCGUGGCCGCUGCCGUAAUCUUCUGCGUGCUGUUCCUUGCUACAACAUUAGUACACUUCUGGCAAAUGUAUCGCACAAAAUCAUGGUUUUUAGGGGCACUGGUUGCCGGUUGCUUUACCGAAUUCAUUGGAUAUGCUGCUCGAACCUCAUCAGCCAGGCAAGAGCCUGGCUGCUGGAAAAUGAUGCCCUACAUUAUACAAAGCGUUUUUAUCUUGCUGAGCCCAGCGUUGUUUUCGGCAUCGAUCUACGUUAUAUUGGGACGGAUUAUCCAGUUGACGGGCGGUGAUUCUCAUGCGAUUAUUCCUAACCGACGCAUUACCAAGACUUUCGUCAUUGGAGAUCUUAUAUGUCUAUUUAUGCAAUGUGCAGCUGGUGGCCUUAUGGGUGGUUCUCGAGCACUCCCUGUUCUGUACAAGAUUGGCAAUGGUGUUGUUAUCGCCAGUCUGAUUCUACAGCUCCUUUGGUUCGCCUUCUUUGUCGUCGUUGCCGCCAUGUUCCAUCGGUCGAUGCGAAGAGCACCGACUAUCGAUGCACAAAGACCAAAUGUUCGUUGGGAGAAUUAUCUCUACACACUCUACAUUGUCAGUUCGUUCGUUAUGGUGCGGUCGCUCUUCCGGGCAAUCGAAUUCAUUGAAGGGAGCAAUGGUUAUCUUCAGAAAUCAGAAGCUCUCUUCUAUGUCUUUGACUCCCUGCUUAUGUUUCUCGCUGUCAUAUAUAUGCACUGGAAGCACCCCAGUGAAAUCGGCGCUCUACUUCGUGGUGAGGAAGAGCCAUGCACGAAUGGUCUUAAGCUGAUUUUAAUGAAGCCUGACACGACUGUAUGGAGCAAGUUCAGGAUGUAG